AUGUCGCCGCCGAUCACUUCCCCGCACCCCCUUUUCGAUUUGCCCAAUCCCAAUCUCCCUUCAGCCCAAAACUCAGGGAAGUUCGAAUUUGUUUCUGGCUCCGGCGGCGGCGGAAAAUCGAUCCCCUCGAAUCGGACCAGGCCUAGGCUCACGAAGCUGAGAAGGAAAGAAAUAGCGAACCCCAGAGACGGAAAAUCCGUAAAGAUCGAUUCUUUGUCUUCGUCUGACGGCGGCGUGUCUGUUUCAUCCACAAACACGAAGGGCGGCUCGAUUUCAGUUGUGAAGAAAAAACCUGAGAGUUGUGUGUUUGCUGUUGGUGAUAACGGCGGUGCAAAACUGAAUGAGGGGAAAGAAGAUGAAAGCCCCGUGACUGGAGAUUGUUGUGAUUAUUCAACUGCCAAUCAGAAUUUGCCAGAUGGAGCUCCUGUGUUUGGUCCGAGCAGAACUGGCAUUCGGGUUGAUGCAGAUUUGGAAAGUAGGCAGUUUGCAUUUGUGAUUGGUGCGAGCAAUCCGGGUCAGAAUUCGAAUUUAGCAGCCAAAUACUCGAGACAAUGUAAGGCGCAUUUGAGAGUUAAUGGAUUCAAGAAAUCCGUUAAUGUCGAAUCUAGUUUUGAUUCACAUCAGCGCUGCCCGAAUGUACGUGUGCCGUUAAGCCGGCAAGAUUCGUCUAAGCCUUGUUCAAACUCGAGUGUUGAUGAGUUUCAAGAAGUUAGUAGUUCGGAGUUUGUAUUUGGUGCCCGUACAAACCUGUGGUCCUCAAUUAAUCAAGAUGCACGAAAACAAGAUUCUGAAAAUGUCGAUAAUCGAGGCUUCAAGUUUCGAUUUAGUUCAGGUGAUGAUAGUUGCAAAAAUCUCUUCAAUAAUAACGAUUCUAGUGUAAUCAAUUCUAGAUUUCAGCAGAGUACUAAUUCAAGUGGCUUUUCUGUGGAAGGUCCUGCAUUUGGUUUAUCAGAUGCUUUGAAGGGAUUGAACAUUAAUGCUUCUGAAGCAAAAAACAAGAAGACUGAAAGCUUAACUAGUGAUUUCUCAGUGAGCAGUAACAAUGUGUUUGUUUUUGGGAGAGAUCAGAAGAUUUCUGGUUCGGGAAAGGAGAAUCAAACCAUGAACGAGAAGGAUCCAUAUGUUUUUUGCUCUUCAGAGAUUAAUUCCGAACCAAACAGCAAGUGUUUUGCAACCAAAUUAGGUGGAUUAGACUCGUUAAACACAGGUUUUGGCACGCCAAAUACGACAUUUUCCAUUCCAACCUACAAUUUUUUCCCCGGCUUAUGUAAAAAAUUUGACAGUGUGAAUAGUAAGUCUUUGAGGGGCAAUCGAUUGAAGAAGAAAACCGGAAAGUCGAGACAAAAUACAGUGGUCCAGCAGUUGUUUGGCCAGGACCGUGUCACUAAAGAAAGCAAUUCCGUGCAAAAUCAAGAAUCUCCUGGCAUUGGUUCACCCAUGGAUUUUUCGCCUUAUCAGAACUUGAAUGCUCGUGGUGAAACAGAGGCUGAUACGAGGUCUGCUGGAGUAAAAGGAAUAUUUACUGUGAACGAGAAAGAUGCUUCUUCUGAGCACUUGGAAAAAUCUGACUAUGGAGAGAAUGGUUCGUAUUUCUCUCCUCCAUUUCCUGCACAAGAUGGACUGUCCUCAAUAAGAAGUAAGUACAAAAAAAAAUAUAAGUUGAAAGUUGGCUUGAAUCAUGAAAACGAAAAUGCUAAGCAAGAUGCCGUUCCCAAACCAGCCCAUGAAGCUUGCGAGCAUUGGCGAAUAAAGGGAAAUCAAGCUUAUCACGAAGGGAAACUUUCGAAAGCUGAGGAAUUUUACUCGACCGGCAUUAAUGUUGCUCCACGUGUUGAUACUCCAGGACACUCAUUGAAACCACUUUUGCUUUGUUAUAGCAACCGUGCUGCCACACGAAUGUCACUGGGGAGGAUGAGGGAAGCCAUAGGAGACUGUAAAAAAGCCACUGAAUUAGAUCCGAACUUUCUGAAAGUUACAUUGAGAGCUGGAAAUUGUUAUCUGGUUUUGGGAGAAAUUGAUGAUGCUCUUGAAUGCUACUCAAAAUGCUUGAGCUUGGGGACAGACGUGUGCUUAGAUAGGAGAAUUACUGUUGAAGCUGCUGAUUGCAUGCAAAAGGCCAAGAAAGUAGCUGAGCACAUGGAUCAAUCGAGCAAACUUUUGCAAGAAGAUAACAGUGCUUCCACAAGCACUGCCCUGAAAAACAUUAACGAGGCCCUGUCGAUAAGUCGAUUCUCAGAGAGAUUACUUGAGAUGAAAGGGGAGGCUCUUUGCAGUCUGCGAAUGUAUGAUGAAGUGAUUCAACUAUGUGACCAAACUCUACAUAUAGCCAAAAAGAACUUCGGCUCUGAUUUUUCAGAUGAUGAAAAUAGCAAAUUUUUCGAUGUGAACUUCUGGAGGCUACACCUUCAGUCGAAAUCGUACUUUCAUCUUGGACAUUUCGAUUUGGCACUCGAGUUGAUUGAAAAACAAGAAAAAAUGCCUGGUAGCUCCAGGUUGGGGGACUCUAGUCACGAAUCUUCAAUUGCUCUUGGUGCCACUAUACGUGAACUUUUAUCCUUGAAAAAAUUGGGAAAUGAAGCCUUUAGUUGUGGUAAGUACACAGAAGCUAUAGAGAAAUAUACCUCUGCCAUCUCGAAAAGUUCUGAGUCACGCUCGUUUAUGGCUAUCUGCUUUUGCAAUCGUGCUGCCGCUUACCAAUCGAUCAACCAAGUUGUUGAUGCCAUUGCGGAUUGUAGCCUAGCCAUUGCUUUAGAUGAAAACUACCAAAAGGCAAUUUCCAGGCGAGCUACUUUGCAUGAGAUGAUUAGAGAUUAUAAACAAGCGGUUUAUGAUCUGCAGAGACUGAUCUCUCUCCUCGAGAAUCGACCACAAACCAAAAGCCAACAAUCGGGCUCUCAAAGUAAAUCAAACGGAGGCAGUGUGAGGGAUUUAAGGAAAGCCCGUCGUCAUCUUACUACACUCGAAGAGAAGGCUAAAAAGGAAACUCCACUCGAUCUUUACCUCAUUCUAGGAAUCAAAGCAACUGAUGCUGAAUCCGAGAUUAAGAAGGCAUAUCGAAAGGCAGCUCUGAGGCAUCAUCCGGACAAGGUCUUGGUAAGGAGUGACAUUGGGGAUGGUGGAACAUUAUGGAAGGAUUUGGGGGAGAAAAUUCAUGAGGAUGCUGACCGGCUUUUCAAAGUUAUCGGGGAAGCUUAUGCUGUUCUUUCGGAUCCUUCUAAGCGAGCAAAAUACGACAAUGAAGAGGAAGUAAGGAACAUAUACAGGGAAAGCAGCAGAAAUAGCAACUCGGGAUAUCCAUCCACUUCCUACAGUUCGACUUUCGAAAGAGGAAAUUGGUACGGAAAACAAACGAGUUCAAGCACGUCGUCUGAAAGAAACAGUAACAGACGGUAUUGGUACGAGUCAAGGUCCUAUGGUUACUCAAAUUCACGGUGGUAA